UCCCUCGUGUUUUUUUCUGAGCCACUCAGGCGCGCGCUCUCCGCAGCAGCAGAAGCAGCAGAAGCAGCGCGUGCAGGCAGGCCGCUCUUCCUCCUUAUCAUCUUCCUCCUCCUCAGCUCUUCUUCAUCAUCAUUUGGGGAAUUGUGCGUCAGGACUGUACGCUGAGCUUCCCGCGGACUUUGUAUAAUAUUCGCCUUUCUGGAGGUGCGAGCUAACCUGCGCGCGCGCGAGAGAGAGAGGGGAUUCCGGGCUCGCGCUUUCGUGCUUUCGCUCUUGCGCGCUGGACCCGCUGCAUCCUUGCCUCAGUGGCUCUCUCGCUCACGGAGCGACAUUGACUCGCGCUUCGCAACUUCGCACGGAUUAAACGGGGAAGGGGGUCGCGUGCGAGCAGAGGAAAGUACAACAUUAUAUAUAUACACACACACGGGACCGGAGCUGCACGGGCACCGGAGUGGCACGCGGAGGGGGUAGGGGGAAACUCUCCUUCCCUAUAUAUAUUCUUCUUCUUCUUCCUUCUCCUCCUCAUCCUCCUCUCCUGUGGAAUUAAAGCUACCUUCAUCAUCAUCACUCUUCCGACUCUACCGCCAGCGCGCCUACGAGCACCUAUACCCCCGUGCCACCCUCCUCCUCCUCUUCUUCCUCCUCUUCUCCUCUUCCCUCCUCCUCCUCCCUCUCUCUCUCUCUCUCUCUCUCUCUCUCCAGACCCCUCAGCUUCUCCUCUCAGAGCAUCGCAAUGCCCGCGCGCUGAGUCCGGCGCGGCUCCUUAAGCUCACCCCCAUCCUCCUCCCCUGCGCGCGCGCGCACGGCGGCGGCAGCAGCAUCAGCACCAGCACCAGCACCAGCCUCAGCAUCAUCAUCAGCCUAGACAGCAGCGGCAGCAUCAGUAGCGGCUGAAGCGGCAGUGGCAGCGGCAGUGGCAGCGGCAUGGCUCCGUCCCUGCUCCUCGCCUCCAGCUGCCUGCUCCUGGCGACCCUGGCCACGGCCAAGGUGUGCAACGACUACACCGGCCACAGCGUGGACGCAGCGUGGUCGGCCAGGGACGUGCCCAUCAUGGUGCUCAUGCCCAUGAACGAGUCUGCGCUGAUGAGCAGCAUCAGCCAGGGCAUCGAGCCCGCGGUGCAGCUCGCCAUCCGCCACAUCCGCGAAUCCCGCAAGUACGCCUUCUCUCUCAUCACCAAGAUCUACGACACUGAGUGUGACAAUGCAAAGGGAUUAAGGGCCUUCUUCGAUGCGAUCUGCUAUGGUCCCAAACAUUUAAUGAUCUUUGGUGGAGUGUGUCCAUCAGUGACGUCCAUUAUCGCAGAGUCAUUGGAGGGCUGGAACCUGGUGCAGCUGUCGUUUGCAGCAACAACGCCUGUCCUGGCAGACAAGAAAAAAUACCCCAACUUCUUCAGAACGGUUCCUUCAGACAACGCAGUGAAUCCAGCUGUGGUGAAAUUCCUCAACCACUACAACUGGAGCAGAGUGGGCACGCUGACCCAGGACGUCCAGAGGUUUUCAGAGGUGCGCAAUGAUUUGACCAGUGAGCUCGAGAAGGCAGAUAUCCAGAUAGCAGACACAGAGAGCUUCUCCAACGACCCCUGCGGUAAUGUGCAGAAACUGAAGGAUAAUGAUGUUCGGAUCAUUAUUGGCCAGUUUGACGAGAACCUGGCCUCUAAAGUCUUCUGUUGUGCCUAUAACAAGAACAUGUAUGGCAGCAAGUAUCAGUGGAUCAUCCCAGGCUGGUACCAAGGCAACUGGUGGGAGCAGGCUAACUCCACCAACUGCACCACCAAGAAGCUGCUGACAGCCAUGGAGGGAUACAUCAGUGUGGACUUUGAACCUCUGAGCGCCAAGAGGACCCAGGGAAUCUCUGGACGGACUCCCCAGGAGUAUGAGCUUGAGUACACCAGGGAACGGGAGCAGAAAGGAGUAGAGGCCAGCAAAUUUCACGGCUUUGCCUACGACGGCAUCUGGGUGAUCGCUAGAACGCUGAGCCGAGUCAUGGAGCUGCUUAAGCAGAAGCAGCGGCAGGACGUCUACCACAACCAAACGGUGGACGACCGGGAGGUGGGCAAAAUGGUGCUGGACGUGAUGAACGAGACCAACUUCUUUGGAGUGACGGGUCAGGUGAUGUUCAGAAAUGGAGAGCGCAUGGGGACCAUUAAAUUCACACAGUUUCAGGAGGGCCAGGAGGUGAAGGUGGGCGAGUACAACGCUAUCGCAGACAUACUGGACGUUAUCAACAACACCAUCAGGUUCCAAGGGGUCGAGCCUCCAAAGGAUCGGACGUUUGUGCGUCUGCAGCUGCGGCACAUCAACGUGCCUCUCUACAGCAUCCUGUCCACCAUCACCAUACUGGGCAUGCUCAUGGCUGGGGCCUUCCUCUUUUUUAACAUCAAAAACCGUAACCACAGGCUGAUCAAAAUGUCCAGUCCUUACAUGAACAACCUGAUCAUUCUGGGUGGGAUGCUCUCUUACGCCUCCAUCUUCCUGUUCGGUCUGGACGGCACCUUCGUAUCAGAAAAAGUGUUUGAGACCUUGUGCACUGUUCGCACGUGGAUCCUGAUUGUGGGUUAUACAACAGCGUUUGGAGCCAUGUUUGCCAAGACCUGGAGAGUACAUGCCAUUUUCAAGAAUGUGAAGAUGAAGAAGAAGAUUAUCAAGGACCAGAAGCUGCUGAUCAUCGUCGGAGGGAUGCUGCUGAUUGAUCUCUGCAUUCUCAUAUGCUGGCAGAUUGUGGAUCCCCUCAAGAGGACAGUAGAAGAGUACAGCUUGGAGGCAGACCCUCAGGGCCAAGACAUCGCUAUCCGGCCCUUCCUGGAGCACUGUGAGAACACACACAUGACCAUUUGGCUGGGGAUUGUGUAUGCCUACAAAGGCCUCCUUAUGUUGUUCGGUUGUUUUCUGGCCUGGGAGACGAGGAACGUCAGCAUUCCCGCGCUGAACGACAGCAAGUACAUCGGCAUGAGUGUGUACAACGUCGGCAUCAUGUGCAUCAUCGGGGCGGCCGUAUCCUUCCUGACUCGAGAUCAGCCGAACGUGCAGUUUUGCAUUGUGGCCCUGGUCAUCAUUUUCUGCAGCACCAUCACACUGUGCCUGGUGUUUGUGCCAAAGCUUAUCACAAUGAGGACAAACCCAGAUGCAGCCACUCAGAACCGCCGGUUGAAGUUCACACAGAACCAGAAGAAGGACGACUCAAAGACCUCCACCUCUGUGACCAGCGUGAACCAGACCAACACCUCCCGCCUGGACACCCUGCAGGCGGACAACCACAGCCUCCGCAUGAGGAUCACAGAGAUGGAUAAAGAGUUGGAGGAAGUGACCAUGCAGCUGCAGGACACCCCGGAGAAGACGCCGUAUAUAAAGCAGAAUCACUACCAGGACGUCAACAACAUCCUGAGCAUACGCAACUUUACAGACGGAAAAGACGGUGAAAAAUCUGUUCUGAAAAAUCACCUGGAGCAAAAACCCCAAGCACAGUGGGGAUCUAUGGAUCCCUCUAGAAUAAACAGAGGCCCGCUAGAGGACAUCAACUCGCCAGAACACAUACAGCGCAGGCUAUCUUUGCAGCUGCCCAUCCUGCACCACGCCUAUUUACCCUCCAUAGGGGGGGUGGAUGCCAGCUGCAGCCCCACCAGCAGCCCAGCGUCCAGCCCCCGGCACAGACAGCACAUGCCUCCCUCCUACAGGGUCAUGGUGUCCGGCCUGUGAGUGCUGCCCCGGCCCCGCGCUCCGAGGAAGAGAGUCUCCGUUUUCUACUCAACAGACUGAGCCACGUCAGCGAUUAACGGAAGCGUGCGAGUGACACAGGGGGUCCGACUUUUCAUACAUUCAUGACCCCCACACCCUCCAUCCACGUCUAUGUCAAAGCAGAACUGAUCUUCCAGGCUGCAAGGGGGGGAGGGGGGGGGGAGGCAACGACUGGAUAUCCUCACACACUCACAGUGCCCACCAACACUUGCAUCCUCCCCCCUAAAGUCACUCCCCCAGUCCCUAAUGACCAGAGAGCAGCACCAGAGGACGCCAGCUGUGCUGUAGCCUUAUCUGCUUCAAAGGGGUUUUCUCCAAAACGCCCUUUUUCUGUUGUCAAAUAUGUGGACCCACUGUCUGCUUGUCGACGUGUCAGACAUUCGUAGCACACUGCUGGCGUUCGGCGGUGGAGAUCCAGACGUGACCUAGGAACUCAUCCUGUUGACCGUGCUUACAGUCAUGUAAAUACCAUCAUCCACAUCAAAGCAAGCUCUCUCAGUACGCUGUGAAAUGAAGCACUCGGCUCGGUGGAGUCAGAUAAGGCUGGGCUCUCCGAAAAAUGGCCUCUGAAAAACUUUCGAAACGGACUGUUGACUAAACAGAAAAGGCAUUAUUAUAUUAUGAGCCGGUCAGUGCAAUUCAAAUGGCUACUGGUUAAGUGUACACUCAUGCUAUGGGGAAAAAUGAGUCUGUUAAAAGUGAGAGAUGUAAUUGCCGCUAAACACAGCAAACAAACCUCACACAGCGCCAGGGGCCGUCUCUUAGUCAUGAGGAGAAGUACACUGCUGAUAUUUGUCACAAUGCUAGAUUUGCACUGUAUGUUUUCCUUAAAAAAAUGAUACCUGUUCUGGGUAACUGGUCAUUAAACUGCUAUACUGACUUUUGGUUGAAACACACAAAUGCGUAAGGCAGACAGAGAGCAGGGCAAGACACUGUUUAGAGCAACUGAGAGAUGCUCCUUUCUGAAAACCAAGUGCAAAGGAGCAAAUAUGGUAGUGAGUGCACAAGCCUUAUGGUCAGGUGAGAUUUCUGGGGCAGUCCAGAGGGCCAGUCUUCCAUUUCAGCUGUGUGUGGGCCUUCUCUCAUAGAGAUUAUAGUCAAUUAUAGUCGAUAAACAGCAGCGAGCGUCAGGACGCCUUCGGCGUGCAAUCAGUGUGCAAUCAGCAUCAUCGCUUGAUGUGAAGGCCUAGAAAUAGCUCCACACAGGGGCUAUAAAUACACAUGAUGAUACUGAAACACAGAAAGACAACUGGUUAAAGCAGGGUGAUCCAUAUUUUCGGUGGAAAGAUGAGAAACUGUACAUUACGACUGAGGAACUGCAGCACUCUGCAGCACAAGUUAGCAGCGCUCUGCAGCACAAUAAUGGACCCACCCUAAACUGCUCACAUGAGCAGAUCCUCACUAUGGCUCUUCAGUGCAGUUUUUUAUUUACAUUUUUCGUGUUCACAGAAAAAAAAACAUGCGAUUCUUCUUGUAGCUGUGAGCCGAAAUGGACGGAUGGCUCGGUCGGAGAGCGUGCCGUUUCGCCAGCCGCAUGUCAUUGGCUCACACACUCACUGCGGACUAAAUCACAGCCCCGAGGAGAUCCAUCCGCUCCCCUCCCCCGAGCGGCAUUGGAAAUAUAUCACCUGGCACUUAGCAACAGUGAACAUACCUCAUAGUUGCUAUAGAAAUGUAACUCUGUGCUGUGAACUUUGCACAAACGUCUCACAGAUAUAGGGAGCAUAGGCGUAUAGCUGUUGUCAUACUAUUUUUUGUAAAGCUAUAUCAAGACAACAAAGGAACUGUAUUUAAAAAUGCAAAGCAUUGGAAUAAGCUAAGUAUCAUCCCUCUAGAGAACAACGUUUCCUUUUCUGCAGAUCUCUCACCGUCGGUGUCUUGGAUUUAGUUUUUGUCGCGUUCGUCGAAUGCCGUGCCUGUGGUCUUGUACUCGGAGCCUGAAGGACAAUGUUGAAUUGAAGCUGAUCUGAUCAGGCAAAGAAAUACAUCUGUAAACAUUCGAUAGAGUGAAAUGCAUCGUGGGUUUUUGUUUCACAGCUUUGGCUUUCUGCAUUUUGGUGUGCAAGGGUUGAAAUAACUUGCUGUUUUUUUAUUAUAUGUUUGUUUAUUUGUUUCAUUGCAAGUUGAUAUUGAAGAGGUCCAAAUGGCGACGGUUUUGGCUGUUAGUGCACCUCACCUUCAGCAACACUGAAAAAAAGACCUUUAAAAUCACAAGAACAGAAUCAAGCAAAAACUCCAUAAUGCCACGACAUCUCAGUCCACGCCAGUUACCGAAUGGUGGCCAUCAUCUUUAGGACAGUUUCUUGUCCAUUUUCAUAUGUGCUCAUUUAAAAAAAACAGUACUGUCAGGAUUGCUGUUUAGAUGUUUUUAUUCUUGAUUUUAGGAUCCAGGAAGAUAGGAAAUGAAUAACAGUUAUCAAACUCAAGCCGCCAUUACAAACAGCACUUUUACUUUGGAAUUAUUUAGUUGCACUGUAUUGAUUCAUCCAUGGUUUGAUAAGGGUUAUAGUUAGUUUGAUUUGAUUAAAUUAGAAAGUUACUUUUCUUUCCCUUGAUAGUAAAUAAUAAUCAUCAGCCUACACUGGCAUGUACACAACCAUAGAUAUGUAAAAUAUAACACCUAAAGGCUCAUUUAUACUUAAUUUAGAUACACAAAUUAAUACUGAGUCUAAUUUUAACAAUGUAACUGUUACUGUCCACAUACUUAUGCAUAUACGUUUGUGGGCAGUGGCAUUGGCAUAGAUGUUAAGCAGUACUUCCAUUAGAGGGCAGUUCAGAGUGUAAAGAUUCUGACAGCAACAGAACAAAUAUGGAGGAGGUUGUAAUAAAAAUAAAAUUAAACAGCUGUUAUUAGUAUUAAAAAAUUGCCACAGUUUCUUCUCCAUUGUUUCCAUAUAGUGGUAUUCAUGUGGCUCUCAAACUAUUGGCUGCACUGCCCCCACAAUCUCCAGUGGUACUGCUCUGUUUCAUCUGCAUCCUUAAUCUUUUGGAAAACUUAAAUUUAAAACUUAAAAUAUGAAAAAGAAUGCAGAAUACGGACAGAAAGCUCUGUUCAUAAUCAUACCCAUAUUUAACAUUGAGCAUAAAUGAGCCUUAAGUGUAGGAUUUCUGAUCUGUCAGAAUUAAGAUCUGCUGUGUACACAGGCUGACGCGAGUCUGUUAAUGGUUUAUGACAGAAAAUUAAAAGUCAGGGGUGUUUUGCUCGACAAAACGACAAAACUUGCUCACGCUUCUGGACAGGGCUAUUUUUAUUAUAAACGUGGUUCACUGCUGGAUUUUAGUUUGGAAGCCAGAAGUUGUGUUUUUAAUCAUUAUUUAUUCCUUUUCACACAUUUCAGGUUUCUCCGCUCUAAUAGAAACCUGCAGAUUCAGUGAAGUUCAGUGGUUGUAAAAGGGCUCACUACUAUCCAACCCUAUUUUCCAUUCCGCAAGUCAUCGUCUUGUUUUUUAUGGGGUGGGCCUCUGGAGUAAUCAUGCCCAACUGCUGAGGCUGUAAUGUUAUUCUCUUCAGUGCUAUAAGCAGAUUUUUACUGUGACUCAACAGCAUCGAGCACAGCAGACAUCCCUGCUAUAAGGUAUCUUAGAACUGAAGGUCACAGCAUGCCUGUAAUUCUCUUUCUUUAUAAGUUCUUUAUAAGUUCUUUAUAAGUGAAGGCAUAUAAUAGGUGAUAAACAAUCUUAUUUCUAUCAGAAAUUACAUCACUAUUAUUUUGAAUUAGUCAUGAGUAUUAUUGGUGACCGGUACAAAUCUUAUUAAGCAGUUGCUGUGCUCCUCUAGUCUUCUCUAAACCCUCUGUGAGAAGACUUUAUAAGACUUUAUUUUAGGUUCUACUCAUUUGAUCUUGUUACUUAAUUCAUUUAUAUAGUUUUAUUAAUCUAAACAGGGAUGAGCCGGCAGAUAAAAGUCUUGUUUUGGUUUUAUCUACUUGAUUUUUAGUUCAAGUAUGAUUUUUAGUUCAAGACUGUGUUCUGGGCACAUUAACACUGUGUGGUACCAACACUUAACUUAGGCUUGACUUCCUUCCAAGUGAGCCGAGCUUUCAUGAGGUGUAAACUUUACAGAGUGAUGAUUGGUCAGAGAGACUCCUCACAAUAGGUGAUGCAAAAAGUAAUCUAUUGUAGUCUAUUGUUACUGUGUUGUCACACCGAUGAUGAUUUAGUGACAGUGUUUUGUGAUGUCACAUGCCACAUUUCAGGGAAUAGCUAUGGUAGUGGAAAACAAUAAUAAUAAAAAAAAAAAACUAGUAGAGUUAAGUUGACCCGAGUAGUCUAGGUACCAUGCAGUGGACAAGCGCCUUCAGACUAAUGAUAACAGUGUUUUGCAUCAAUAAAGAAGAAUCAUUGUUAUUUCCGAUCAUCCUUUUCAUACGCUAACAAAAGAUCUAAUGGAAAGGCGUUAUAUUAUAUUAAGUUGUAAUUACUGGAAAGGGGCUGGAAUAUGUCUAGAACUGAUUUUCUAAUCCAUUCUUGUCACUUCCACACAUGGUAUACUAUGCAUAAAUUGUUAAAGUUAUUUUCCAAAUGGUUCUUGCUAAAUUCUAAUGAAUGCACAACAUUUAUGACAGUGGCAAUAAUAAGCUCCAGCAGGCUGUUCAGACUGAUAUUCGGAAAGUCGUAUCUCACUGGAAGGGAUAGUCAUUUCAAAAUUAAUGGUGAAAACCAUUCAGUUCAGUCAGAUCAGUCAAAAGUCCUGAGAAAUAGGUGAAGUGGUAUUGCACAGAAAUAUGUAAUUCAUUUCUGCAGCGUAUCAUUAGGAAUAAUGCUACCUAAGAUCCGGCACAGUGUUUCGAUCUAACCAAAAUCAACUAAACAACAUUCCACACUGACCACAGAGUCUUGGUCCAAAGUCCAUGUGACAACCACCGACCACGAGCACUGGUUUAUCAUUCAGUUUAAAGAGAAGAACUGGGAAAUUUCUGAAUAGACUUCUGUUCGAUUCUCUGAGGAAAUCAGUGAGCGACCAAAUCAACCAGGUUACUUUUUCAGUUUUAUUUUGGGAGUGUGUAAUUUAAAGCUAAUUCACCAACUGUGGAUGUUUCUGUGUGCGCGUGAUGAUCGAACAUAUGGUUUAACCAUCGACACAGCGGUUGAAACAUGCAGCGUGGGGUGUGAGUCGCUGUUUUGUGGAGUGUCUUCUUGUUACAGGCAAUAAACUAUGGAACCAAGUUAUAAUAGCUGUAAUCUUGGUCACUUUGUCAUGUUACCCACCAAGCGUUAACACUGGACAGCAGCAGUUAUUGGGGAAAAUAGAUUGACUUUUUUCACAAACGUCAGCCUGGACUAUCUGGGAGGUAACUAGUGCGUGUUUACUAGGACCAUGCGGAACAAUAAGAGGGCCUCCUCAAUACCCCAAAAAGAGCGAAGGACUAUUUCUAAUGUAUAUAAUGUAUACAACACAUUUUUUCUGUAGAGGUAUUAAUCUAUGAUAGUGGGGGGACGUUACCAAUGACUAAAAAAAAUAAUUACAGAAUGUUGACGGUGAGCGUGUAUGUCUGUUUGCCACUCUGUGAAAACGUGCCGUCUUCAAGUUUACACAUUGCUAUUCGAAACUAUUUAUUCUGUGCUGGAAGACUUCUCUCUUUUUUUGGACUUCACAGAACAUCGGUGCCCGUCAAGAUCAAAAGAUACACAAUUUUAUUUUCCUUUUUUUUUCUUUUUAUAUCCAGUAAUUUUGCCAGUGUACACUUAUGUGCUCCACGACUGUCCUGAUCAGUGUGUUUGUACAAGCACACACACACACAGGAGCUACUGAAAAAUCAAAGUGGAUGUGCUCAUUUCAUAUUCUUGUACCCUUAAACUGCAUGGAAAUCAUAACAUUUUUAAUAAAUUAUUGCAAAAAAAUGUUUUUUAUUAAUAAAAUAAUUAAAAUGAA